GAUUUUAAUAACUUUUUUUCAUUAGUAUAAACAAACGUAAUUGAAAAAAUAUUUUUGAACAGAAACUGUCUCUAAUUAAAAUGUGUUAAGCUCUAACGAACUGUGUGAACCAAAAAAUCAAACUAGUGCCAAUAAACAAAGGUCAAAGAGCCAAGAAGCAUAUUCAAGAAAUGAUUCACAAGAUCAGAAAAUUGUCAAGAAAAAAGCUUCAGGAUCAAAAAAAGUUGCUCAGAAGUUAUCUGUGAAACAAAAAACUAGUAGAAAAUUGCCUAAAUUAGUUGCCCGCAAAAAUGAAUCACAAACUCGACCAGAUGAAGAAGACGAAGAAGAAGAAGAAGAAUACAAUGACAGGAAAACACAAAAUUCGGUUUCUGAUUCUACAGCAAAUAAACAACGGACUAGUAAGCUGAAAAAUGAAAAGGAAAAGAAACCUCAACAUGAUAUGCAUGCGGAGAUAAUAUUUGAUACACCUUUUCUGUACAUGGUUGUGAGUAAAUCUGAAGCAGGACGACUUUUUCUCAUCAGCAUGGGGCGAUUUACAAAUAUACAAGAAACUAAUCCACCAGACAAUUCAGUUAGCAGUAAUCAGCCUUCAACUUCGAAGAUAAAUAAAAUAAUUAAAAGAAAUAUUUUGGAUGACUUAAAUGUAUCAGAGAAUUCUUCUAAUGUUGACGAACCCCUUGUUGCAAUGAAAGUAUGA